AUGUUUAGAGGAAUCAAGAGUGCCACUGCAGUUGUGAAAAGAUUUGGAAGCUCAGUACAAAAAGUAGAUUACAAAUUGCAUACGGAGGACAUUCCAAAGAAUGCUUCGAUAUUCAGCAUGAUACAACCAACUGGUGAAUUUCAUUUGGGCAAUUAUCUCGGAGCAACCAGAGUUUGGAAAGACUUGUGCACUUUGAAGUCGAGCAGUCAAAGAUUGACUUUUGGUGUCGCAGAUUUACAUGCAAUAACGAUCCCAAAACCAAAUACGACAAAGUUUCGGAAGUACAGAAUAGAAGCAAUUGCUAGCAUAUUAUCUGUGGGAGUCGAUCCUUCAAAGGCUUCAGUUAUGUAUCAGUCAAGCAUACCGCAACAGACCCAACUUCACUGGCUUCUUUCAACUUUAGCUUCCAUGGGUUACUUGAAUAGGAUGACUCAAUGGAAAUCCAAAUCAAAUAUCAAGGAUGGUUCAGUUGAUUCAGAUGCCAUCGGAAAGGUCAGAUUAGGUCUUUUUGCUUACCCCGUUCUGCAGGCCGCCGAUAUACUCACAUAUAAGGCCACACAUGUUCCAGUUGGAGAUGACCAAACGCAACAUUUAGAAUUAACGAGACAUCUUGCUGAACAAUUUAACCAUCUAUACAAGAAAAGAGUUUUUCCCCUUCCAAAAACUAUCUUGGCACCAACAAAGAAGAUUCUAAGUCUAAGCUCUCCUGAAAAGAAAAUGUCCAAAAGUGAUCCUAAUCAAGAUGCGCUGAUUUAUUUGAAUGAUGAGCCUGAAAUAAUCGCGAAGAAGAUAAAGAAAGCUGUAACAGACUCAAUUUCAGAUCAUUUUGAGUAUGAUCCAGUGAAUAGACCAGGUGUUUCUAACCUCAUAAAUAUUAUCAGUGGUAUCCAGCGAAAAUCAAUUGGUGAGGUCGAGAAGGACAUUGCAAGGUUCAGGAACUAUUCAGAUUUCAAAGGAUAUGUCACAGAAAAUGUAGUGGAGGAGUUGAGUGGUCCUAGAAAUAUGUUCAAAAGAUUCAUCAACGAACCAGAAUAUCUUGAUUCUGUAAUCAAAAAAGGUUCAGAAGAGGCUUCGGAAGUAGCUGAAAAAAAUAUAAAAGAAAUAAUGAACAUAAUGGGAUUUUAA